AUGACUACAGAUGGCUCUUACAGUUUGCCAACGAAUGGAAUGGAUGUGAAUAGUGUUCUUUCGGGCUCUUUCAUAUCGAUGAAAUGUAACACUGGUUAUACCUAUGGGAGCGGCCAAUUAAAUAUAACCUGUGUUGGCACCGCUUGGACCACGUUUCCCACUUGUGUUUCGACGAGUGGUGCAACUUGCGUAGUUGACAUGACGUCAACGUUCAAUAUUACUAAUGGUUACUAUACUAGUCAAUCACUCUCUUUUACGUCGUCUACAACGGCUACUGGGUCAAUUCAAUUUGCAUGCUCGCAAGGCUACGUUUUGGAUCCAACGAUUGGAGCUUCGUAUACGUGUAACAAUGGUGUCUGGUCUACGAAACCACGGUGCUUGAUGACCGGUCGAUGUUCUUAUUCGGCGCUACAAACAUAUAUUUCAUCUGCAACCGGACUUAGAACAACUACACAACAAAACUUGAUGGCUGCAUCGGCAGAUGCUGUCGUGGUAUUCAAUGACUCGUAUAUUGUUCUCGCUUGUGCUAAUGGCUACGUGAAUACGGGUGGCAGUUUAAAUGUCACUUGUUUAAAUAAUGGUUCAUGGACACAAUUUCCCAGUUGUAUACUGAGUACUGGCAGUGGUUCUUUGACGACAACAACCAUUGCCACAUCUAAUGGCUUGCCGUGCACAGUAGAUCCCAAUACUUCUUUUAACAUUACUAAUGGAUACUACACUCUUUCUUCACUUGGUUAUACCUCAACUACGACUGCGACGGGUUGGAUACAAUUUACCUGUAUGCCAGGUUAUAUAUUGGAUCCAAAUAUUGGCGCACUGUAUAACUGUAACAACGGAGUUUGGUCAACUAAGCCACAAUGUCUAAUAACUGGUCGAUGUUCAUAUACAACAUUGCAAAAUUUCAUCUUCUCGGCCACUGGAAUACAGACGACUGGUCAAAAUCGACUAAUGGCUUCCUCAACGGAUGCUACUAUCGUUUUCAAUGAUUCUUAUGCAGUGCUCGCUUGCACGACCGGCUAUGUUAACAUAGGUGGCAGUUUAAACGUCACAUGUUUAAACAAUGGAUCGUGGACUCAAUUUCCUAAUUGCGUAAUUAACAGUGGUUCUAUCACCACUACUACAACAUCUAUUCCCAAUCAGCUUUCGACGACAACAAUAGCACCCAGUACAGGAGCAGCUUGUUCCAUUGAUUCGACGACAUUCACCGUCACAAAUGGAUAUUACGCUAGCUCCACACUAUCCUAUACUUCCGCUACCACUGUAACUGGAACAAUUAUAUUUGCAUGCGCGUCUGGUUACGUGCUGGAUCCGACCGUUGGUGCGUCGUAUACUUGUAAUAACGGCGUUUGGUCAACUAAACCUCGUUGUUCGAUCACUGGUCGAUGUUCCAUCGCUACAUUACAGAAUUUUAUAUCCACUGCAGCCGGCUUACAGAUUGUAGAUCAAAAAAAUCUCUUGGCUAGUUCGCAAGAUACAACUGUCGUAUUCCAAAAUUCCUUCGUGAUUUUCUCUUGUGCCAGUGGAUAUGUAAACGCAGGUGGUAAUCUCAAUGUAACAUGUCUAUCCACUGGUUCCUGGACUCAAUUUCCCAGCUGUGUACUUAAUAGUGGAGGCGGUUCUCUCACCACGACGACAACAGCUAUCCCUAACCAAUUAUCGACCACCACUGUAGCACCAAGUACUGGCGCAGCUUGUAACAUAGACGCAUCAACUUUUACCAUUACCAAUGGUUACUACGCUAACUCAGCACUAACAUACACAUCUUCAACCACUGCGACUGGCUCAAUUCAAUUCGCUUGCAAUGUCGGUUAUGUUCUCGAUACGACUGUCGGAGCAAUCUACACUUGUAACAACGGCGUUUGGUCAACCAAACCGCGUUGCUCAAUGACCGCUCGCUGUACAUUUUCAACUCUGCAGAAUUUCAUCUCUACAGCCAGUGGCCUUCAGAUUGUUGACCAGAAGAAUUUGUUGGCAUCCGCACAAGAUACCACUUCUGUAUUUGUGAAUUCAUUUAUUGUCUUUGCCUGUGCAAGUGGAUAUGUGAAUACAGGUGGUAGUCUGAAUGUCACUUGUUUGAGUACUGGUUCGUGGUCACAAUUCCCGAGUUGUGUUCUGAACACCGGUGGAAUCACAACCACAACAGUAUCGGGCAUCACAACUACUACUGUGACAUCAAGUGGCGGUGUACCAUGCACAUUCGAUGCAUCCACAUUUACCAUUUCAAACGGUUACUAUGUCAGCUCGACACUUUCAUAUACGUCUGCUACGACUGCAACCGGAUCGAUUCAGUUUGCUUGCAACACUGGUUAUGCCUUGGAUACAACAGUUGGUGCGACGUAUACUUGUAAUAACGGCGUUUGGUCUACGAAACCACGUUGCAAUAUCACUGCGCGUUGUCCGUUCUCCACUCUACAGAGCUUCAUCUCUACAGCCAGUGGUAUUCAGAUUGUUGACCAGAAGAAUUUGUUGGCAUCCGCACAAGAUACCUCUAUUGUAUUUGUGAACUCAUUUAUUGUGUUUGCGUGUGCAAGUGGAUAUGCGAAUACAGGUGGUAGUCUGAAUGUCACUUGUUUGAGCAGUGGUUCGUGGUCUCAGUUUCCGAGUUGCGUCUUCAACAAUGGUGGAAUAACAACGACAACAGUAUCGGGCAUCACAACUACUACUGUGACAUCAAGUGGCGGUGUAGCAUGCACAUUCGAUGCAUCCACAUUCACUAUAACCAAUGGUUACUAUGUCAGCUCCACACUUUCAUAUACAUCUGCUACGACUGCAACUGGAUCGAUUCAGUUUGCUUGCAACACCGGUUAUGCCUUAGAUACAACAGUUGGUGCGACUUAUACUUGUAAUAACGGCGUUUGGUCUACGAAACCACGUUGCAAUAUCACUGCGCGUUGUCCGUUCUCCACUCUACAGAGCUUCAUCUCUACAGCCAGUGGUAUUCAGAUUGUUGACCAGAAGAAUUUGUUGGCAUCCGCACAAGAUACCUCUAUUGUAUUUGUGAACUCAUUUAUUGUCUUUGCGUGCGCAAGCGGAUAUGUGAAUACAGGUGGUAGUCUGAAUGUCACUUGUUUAAGUACCGGAUCGUGGUCGCAAUUUCCAAGUUGUGUGCUGAACACCGGUGGAAUCACAACCACAACAACAUCCGCCAUGGUGACAACCACUGUCUCAACAAAUACCGGUACAGCGUGUGCGUUUGAUGCGUCCACAUUCACUGUUACCAACGGUUAUUAUGUCAGUUCCUCUUUGACGUAUACAUCUGCCACGACGGCUACAGGAUCAAUCCAAUUUGCUUGUAACACCGGGUAUACUCUGGACUCGACUGUUGGUGCAGUCUACACCUGUAACAAUGGUGUCUGGUCUACGAAACCACGUUGCAAUAGUACUGCGCGCUGUCCAUUCUCGAAUCUACAGAGCUUCAUCUCUACAGCCAGUGGUAUUCAGAUUGUUGACCAGAAGAAUUUGUUGGCAUCCGCACAAGAUACCACUUCUGUAUUUGUGAACUCAUUUAUUGUCUUUGCGUGCGCAAGCGGUUAUAUAAAUGCAGGUGGUAGUCUGAAUGUCACUUGUUUAAGUACCGGAUCGUGGUCGCAAUUUCCAAGUUGUGUCCUGAACACCGGUGGAAUCACAACCACAACAACAUCCGCCAUGGUGACAACCACUGUCUCAACAAAUACUGGUGCUGCAUGUACGUUUGAUGCAUCCACAUUUACUGUCACUAAUGGUUACUAUGUCAGUUCAACACUCACCUACACAUCAGCGACUACGGCGACCGGAUCCAUUCAAUUCGCUUGCAACACUGGUUAUGCCUUGGAUACAACAGUUGGUGCAACUUAUAAUUGCAAUAAUGGCGUCUGGUCGACCAAACCACGUUGUAAUAUCACUGCGCGCUGUCCAUUCUCCACCCUACAGAGCUUCAUCUCUACAGCCAAUGGUAUCCAGAUUGUUGACCAGAAGAAUUUGGUAGCAUCCGCACAGGAUACAACUACUGUAUUUGUCAAUUCGUUUAUUGUCUUUGCGUGCGCAAGCGGUUACAUAAAUGUAGGCGGUAGUCUGAAUGUCAGUUGUUUGAGUAGUGGUUCUUGGUCUCAAUUUCCGAGUUGUGUCUUCAACAACGGUGCAAUAACUACGACGACUACAUUGACAACGAUGACAACUACUGUCGGAUCAAAUGGAGGUGUAGGUUGUACGAUUGAUACAACAACUUUUUCUAUUACAAAUGGGUAUUACACGAGCUCGUCAAUAACCUAUACUACAGCUAGCACUGUGACUGGAUCCAUACAGUUCGCGUGUAUGCCGGGCUAUGCGCUUGACUCUACAAUCGGUGGAACAUAUACUUGUAUGAACGGUGUAUGGUCCACGAAGCCGCGCUGCUCAGUCACUGGUCGAUGUUCAUUCUCUACGCUUCAAAACUUCAUUUCCACUGCAACUGGAAUACAAUUUACUGAUCAGAAAAACCUCUUGGCAUCAGCACAGGACAGCAGUGUUAUGUUCGCGAACUCUUUCAUCGUCUUUACUUGUGCCAGUGGAUAUGUAAACACGGGUGGCAGUUUGAACGUUACAUGUUUGAACACAGGGUUAUGGUCUCAGUUUCCAAAUUGUGUCUUGAACACAAGUGGAAUCACUACUACAACCACAUCGGCAGCAAUAACAACAACUCUCUCAUCGAGUACCGGAUUAGGUUGUACAAUCGAUGCAUCAACAUUCACGAUUGCAAAUGGUUAUUACAGUAGUUCUGCACUGACGUAUACUUCAGCUACUACUGCUGCGGGGUCCAUUCAAUUCGCAUGCAUACCAGGAUAUGCGCUCGAUGCUACGGUUGGCGCUACAUACACUUGUAACAGUGGAAUAUGGUCUACAAAACCGCGUUGCUCUGCCACAGGACGCUGUUAUUUGUCGACUCUACAAAGCUUUAUAUCAACUGCAACCGGAAUACAAAUCGUUGAUCAAAAGAAUUUGUUAGCGUCGACACAGGAUACAAGUGCAGUAUUGGCGAACUCAUUCAUUGUAUUGGCUUGCGCAAAUGGUUACACUAACACUGGUGGUUCUCUAAAUGUUAGCUGCUCGAGUACUGGUUCUUGGAGUCAGUUUCCAAACUGUGUAGUCAGCAGUGGAAGCGGUGUAACUACGACAACGGUCACCUCAAAUACUGGUGUUGGCUGCCCAAUCGACACAUCCACGUUCACUAUUAAUAAUGGUUACUAUACCAGUUCAUCUCUGAAAUAUACAUCAGCUACGGCGGCGACUGGAUCGAUACAAUUUUCGUGUAUGCCCGGUUACAAUCUCGAUUCGAUGACCGGUGGAACAUAUACAUGUACGAAUGGAGUAUGGUCAACUAAGCCAACAUGUUCAAUUACUAGUCGAUGCACGUUGACGGCACUACAAAAUUUUAUUUCUACUGCCACGGGAAUACAGAUUGUGGAUCAAAAAAAUUUAAUGGCAUCCUCACAAGAAACGAAUGCAAUAUUUGUGAACUCAUACAUUGUUUUCGCCUGCGCAAAUGGAUAUAUCAAUACUGGUGGUAGUCUCAAUGUGACUUGCUUGAGCAACGGCUCAUGGACGCAAUUUCCUAAUUGUGUAUUCAGUGGUGGAAGCGGUGUUACUACGACAACCGUCGCCGGAAAUACUAGCGUAGGUUGUUCGAUUGAUGCAACUGCUACAUUUACAGUUACCAAUGGAUACUACGUGAAUUCUUCAUUGGCAUACACUUCAUCUUCGACAGCAACGGGAUGGGUUCGAUUCACCUGCAUUGCUGGUUAUACAGUGGAUCAAACGAUCGGGCCAUUGUACACAUGUACUAAUGGUGUCUGGUCCACGAAGCCACGAUGUCUAACUACGGGUCGAUGUUCCUAUUCUGCGUUGAAAACCUUUAUAUCCACCGCAACAGGUAUCCAAGUGACUAGUCAAAAUCGAUUAACAACAGCACCAGAAGACUCCAACUCCGUGUUGAGUGAUUCAUUCAUUGUCUUAACAUGCACAAGUGGCUUUACUAAUACUGGAGGUAGUUUGAAUGUUACAUGUUUGUCGACGAAUUCAUGGACUCAAUUUCCAAAUUGUGUACUCGGUAGCGGUAGCGGUUCAAUAACGACAACUACUCUAGCAUCAAACAGUGGUCUAGCUUGCCUAAUUGAUGCUUCUUCAUUUACCGUCACUAAUGGAUAUUACACAAGUACGUCGCUCUCGUAUACUUCGGCGACUACGGCUACCGGAUCAAUACAGUUUGCAUGUGUACCAGGAUACACACUCGAUUCAACAGUUGGUGCAGUGUAUACCUGUAAUAAUGGUGUGUGGUCCACGAAACCACGUUGCAAUAUGACAGCACGAUGCUCGUUUACUACAUUGCAAAACUUUCUGACAUCAGCUACUGGUAUACAAACUACGGAUCAAAGGAACUUGGUUGCAUCGACACAAGACUCAAGUGUUGUGUUCGUCAAUUCUUACAUUGUUUUGACGUGUACAAAUGGAUAUGUCAACACCGGUGGCAGUCUCAAUGUGACGUGCUUGGGCACUGGUUCAUGGUCACAAUUUCCAAGCUGUGUAUUAAACGGUGGCAGUGGUGUCAUCACUACCACUACUACCACCACAACAACAGCUAGCACCGGUCUAUCUUGCGUAGUAGAUGCAUCGAUCUUCACCAUUACGAAUGGUUACUAUUCAAGUUCAGCAUUGACCUAUACUUCGUCCACGACUGCCACAGGAUGGAUACAGUUUACAUGUUCACCUGGUUAUGUAUUGGACUCAACGGUAGGUGCAUCAUACACGUGCAAUAAUGGUAUUUGGUCGACUAAACCACGCUGCUUAAUCACCGGUCGAUGUACUUAUUCAGCCCUUCAAAGUUUUAUAUCAACAGCUACCGGCGUACAAACUACCAAUCAAAGUCGUUUAGUCGCUGCCACUCAAGAUACUACUGCAGUUUUAAAUGGUUCAUAUAUCUUACUUGCGUGCGUCAGCGGUUACACAAAUAUCGGUGGUAGUUUAAAUAUAACAUGUCUAAAUAAUGGUUCAUGGAGUCAGUUUCCCAAUUGCGUUUUGAAUGGUGGCGGUGGCGGCGUGAUUACGACUACUACUCAAGCUACUGGCAAUGGUGUAGCGUGUACAGUCGAUGCUACAACGUACACAAUUAGUAAUGGUUACUAUGUAAGCUCCACACUUUCCUACGUUUCGAGCACUGCUGCCACAGGAUCGAUUCAAUUUGCUUGUUCGUCUGGUUAUGUGUUAGAUUCGAGUAUAGGAGCAACGUAUACAUGCACGAGUGGUGUUUGGUCGAAAAAGCCACAAUGCUUAAUGACUGGUCGUUGUUCAUAUACACUUUUAAAGAAUUUUCUUUCAACUGCGUCGGGAUUACAAGCGACAAGUCAAAAUCGUAUCGUACUAUCAUCACAAGAUAGUAAUGCUGUUCUGAAUGAUUCAUAUAUUGUUUUCACUUGUGCAAGUGGUUAUAUAAACGUUGGUGGUAGUCUGAAUGUCACUUGUUUGAGCACUGGUUCGUGGUCUCAAUUUCCUAGCUGUGUUUUGAACAAUGGUGCGAUAACUACAACAACUACACUCGCAUCGAGCACUGGAGCAGCUUGUGCAAUCGAUGCAUCAACAUUUACCAUCACAAAUGGUUACUAUUCGUCGUCUGCUCUGUCCUAUACUUCAGCAACAACGGCGACCGGUUGGAUUCAAUUUACAUGCGCGUCUGGCUAUUCAUUGGAUUCAGGCGUCGGUGCAAGAUAUACGUGUAAUAACGGUAUCUGGUCUACUAAACCACGAUGCAUAGUGAAUAGUCAAUGUUCCUAUUCAACGCUGAAUAAUUUUGUUUUGAGUGCGAAUACGUUAAAAACUACGUAUGAUUUUCGAUUGACAACUGUUUCACAAGAUACAAAUGCAAUAGUCAGUGGCUCGUAUGUGGUUCUCGCUUGUCUCGAUGGUUACAUUAAUACAGGUGGUAACUUGAACGUCACUUGUCUCAGCAAUGGUUCAUGGAGUCAAUUUCCAAGUUGCGUUCGAAGUACACAAUCAAUUACAACAACAGUAGCUACGGGCACUGGAAUGUAUUGUUCUUAUGACGCCAGUCGAUUGAUCAUAGCAAAUGGCUAUGCAAACUCGUACAGUGGUAUUAUGUCACCAACUGCUAAUCUAGCUGUAUCAGGAGCAUACAUCAAUUAUGUUUGUGUAUCUCCGUAUGUACUAGUGGGUAACUCACAGAUAACCUGCACCAAUGGCGUUUGGAGUACAUCACCUGUUUGUACCUCAAAUGCUUCGUGUUCACUGUCUCAACUAUCAUCGGCACUAGUCAAUGUUCAAGUCGUAUCGAAAUCACUAUUUUCCGCUACUAAUGGUAUAACUGUUGGUAGUUGGAUUCAAGUUCAAUGUAGCUCUGGAUUCCAGUACAAUUCCUUAUCAGGUCCAUUGAAUAUCACUUGUUUAGCUACAGGAUCAUGGACACAAUUUCCAAUUUGUUCGUAG